GCAGGUGAAGAAGAAGAGGAGUCCUUAAAGAGCGAACACGUGUUUGUUUUUCUUCCUGCACGGUUGUUUGUUUGUCCGUGGUUUGUUUAUUUCCCGUUCUCCGUCGCUUUAGUCGUCGUGGUUUAGAAGCUGUGGGUUUGAAGAUGCCCAAGCGCUCCUAUCCGUUCAGCGAGAGCUUCUCCUCGCAGUAUAAAGUUCGCGUUGGUCAGAAGGAGGUCAAUAACUGCGGAGCUUUUGGACUCAAAUACAGACAAGAGGUUUAUGAAAAGACCAAAAACCUGCUCUUCAACGGGACCAAAGCCGUGAUGGGUCGACUCUGGAAGGCAGACGGGGAGGAGAAGGCGUCAGACACGCUCGUGUCCCAUCAGACGCUUCUCCGAGGACAAACACGCAUCGGGCUGGACGGACGGUUACAGAGAGCGGACGCUGGUCCAGGUUGUGCAGCGGCUCCUGCAGCGUGUUGUUGUGUGUGUCAGAGGGUCUCUGGUUCGAGGAAGCCGUGCUCUCAGUGCGAGCGUCACGCGUGUGCAGCGUGUUUCCAGCAGUGCAACAUCUGCUCCGAACGCUGCUGCUCCUUAUGCACCGUCACCGAUUACAGUGAGCGUUAUGAGCGCGUCCUCUGCUGUGGCUGUUCAUCCUGAUAGCAGAGCUCAGCUGAGACGACUGAUGACCAUUAUGAUGCCAGACAUGAGUUUUAAUGCAUUACCAAUUAAAUGUAAAUGAGAUUACUAUUUUAUAUAUGCUUGCAUGGUUUCUUGCUCUUUCCCACGUUUUAUGUACAUACUCCUGUGAUUAUUGAAAU